CGGCCUCUCCAAUGAGAACGAGAAACACAUUUACAAUCGCGUUCCACUUUAAGUCUUCUCACAAAAGAAACAAAAAAAAAAACAAAACCACAACAUUCAAUUUUCAAGUGCUUACCAAAAAUGGAUUCUUCUAAAAAAGUCCUUCUAAAUUAAAAAGUCCUUUUAACAUUCUCAUUCUUAAGAAGAAUUUGUCCAUUCACUUUAGGAGAGCGCAACAGCUUGUUCUGUAUGCAGUUUGACAUUUUUCGUGUUUCAACAAAGAAAUAAAACUAAAGUUUCUUCUAGAGGGAAAAGUUAGUAUAUUGUGAUAAUGGUAUCGAGGCCUAAUACCUUGAUUUUGAUAAGGAUAACUAAUAUGGUGAUAAUGUAGUGAAUCAUCGUCAGUGAUAGUGUUUAGUUCAAAGAAGAUUCAAGUUUCGAGACGUGGAGAGAAAAAAAGAGGUUUAUGCCUCCUCUAGGAGGCGGAGGAACCCAUUAGAUUAAGCUUCUCAACGGAAUGCAGCUCGCCACCUCCCAGAGGCCUCAUCCUCCUCCGGUGCCGCCGAGGCCGAGUCGACAGGUCGUUGCCGAAGCCUUGAAACGGUCACCCAGACCUCCUUGUCCCACUAGGCAAGCACCACCUCCACCCAACACCAAACCCUGGCGAUCUAAUCUUCAGCCCGGUCGGACCAUUGUCUACGAAUCGAAUAAUCAAAAACCAUCUUUAGAAGAGUUGACAAAUAUCGAAGAAGCGAAAAGUGCCGAAGGUACAAAAAGUGCUGAAGGUACGAAAAGUGCAGAAGGUACGAAAAGUGCAGAAGGUACAAUAAGUGCCGAAGGUACGAAAAGUGCAGAAGAAUCGAAAAGUACGGAAGGUACGAAAAGUACCGAAGAAUCAAAAAGUGCCGAAGAGUACCCCAACCAUCCUGAUACAAAAGAAUGUCAUCCAGAUGAUUUAAACUCUUCGCCAAAAGUCACAGAAACAGCAAAAAGUCCAAAGAACGAGAAACCAGAAAUCCAAGAGAAAAUUUCUCCUGAGGAAAUAAAUUCCGAUCAGGAGAGUGUUGAAUCGUCAUCACCGAUUCCGCAGAGUCGACGCCCAAGUGUUGAGAGCCUCCUCGAGAACGAGAUCUACGAACUCGUUGAGGAAUGUCGACUGAAGAAUUUAGAAAAACAUGGACACGACCCAAGGGAAAUCCGUUUAGCUGACAUACAACUAAACCCAUCACGAGCCCGAUUAAGAACCCAAAAACAAAAUCUCCUCCCCAGAGAACGUCCCCAAAAACUUGCCCGUGCUCCAAAACCUCUAGAAAGAACAAAUUUUCCAAAACCGCCGAUACCGUCCAGACAAAAUCCUCCUUUAGUUGAUGACAACAACAGACCCAGAUUACCCCUAAAACCAAGACAAAGACUAUCGUCCGAUAAUUCGCUAACGAAUAAUUCUAUUUUGAGUGAUGAUGGAGGAGCGACAGUUGUGAUUGUUGACGAUGAGCCGGAGAGAAAAUUUGUUGUUUUUAAUGAAGACGGUGAUAAUAUACAUCAUCAGGAUUGGUUGGAGGCUGGGGUCCGUUACUCAUCGACGCAGAUUACACUGUCAGGAGACGAUGAAGCCACGGAUCGUGUCAACGGAUUCGCCCACCUCGAGGACGAGGUGGAGUUCGGUGACCUCGAUUUUUCCAGUAUACUCGAGAGGAUAGCGAUGUCUUCCUUGCAAGGAUUACCGCCUCUACCACGUAGUCUCAGUGGAUUCAAUCUCAAUAGUGGAAGGGGAGAAACAGGUGAACCACCUCCACCUCCGACAAGAUCCUCGAGUAAGACUCAAAGAAGCGCAAAAACACCGACAAAUGUAACACAAUCCAGCUCAAGACCCUCGCCACCUGCGAGGCAACUAACCACCCUUGACACUCAAUUGGCCAUCCUCAGGAGAGAAAUGUUUGGUCUUCGUCAAUUGGAUCUUUCAUUGCUGUCGCAAUUGUGGUCGUUGAACGAAUCGAUACAAGAGUUUCGUCAACUUUUACAAGAGCAAGAGGAUCGAGCGCCAUCGCCGUCGCCUAGCAGUGAGGAUGGCGAUGAUAAUAUUUAUGGACCUCAUUCACGAAGACCAGCGCCAGCUCUACAUCAUCACAGACCUCCGAGACCACCGAGACCUCCGAAACCACCUCCCAGUGACGAAUCUCCGUCCAGUGAAGAAUAUGGAGCCGUUUGAUUCCUAUUUUUUUCUACGUCCACUCAAA